AUGGGGGUACGUGUUACUGUGAUCAAGAAAAGAAUGGAUCGUGAAAGCAGAUACACUGCUCGUUUUGCUGUUUUGGUUGAACAAACUCAGUACAUUUCACAAGAUAUGUUGAUUUCACUUGACAGAGGCACAAGUCCAAAUUGUAGAACCAUGACUAAUAACACAAAUAAUAUUGUUCCUCGUCUAUGGAAUCAUGAUAUGACUACUUUCUUAAACAUGUUUAAUAUUGUUCGUUCACUUCGUGCUGGAAACGGCAUUCCCCCCCCCAAGAUUUCGACGUGGAGAAGAGCAAGGACCCAAAAUGACCAAGCAAACAUUAGAAAUGUUCGUCAACGUCGUAACUAG